CAAACUCAUUCUAAAAACAAAAUUUCGCAAGUUAACAGCGUAAAAAAAAGCAAGAGAAUAAAUUAAAUAAAUAAUAAUUAUAAACAAUUGGAAGACAUUUAGAGAAAUAAUCAACAAAUUAUAAACAAAUAGUGUGUUUUUCAAAACGGUAAUUAAUAAAAGAAUUGUGAAAUUAAACUAAAGAAGUAAAGAGAAGAAAAAAACAAAGACAAAACCAAACACGAACAGACAAGAGAAAGCUUGUUUAUAAUUUUAUUUACACAAUUUGUUUAUAGUUUAUAUUAUUUUGCGAUAAAAAAUGGAAAAUUUAGAAGAGUCUGCCGAAGUAAUAACAACUACAACACCAGAUUUGGUAGAAGACUCAAUAGCCACCAUGGGAUCGGGUCCACCUCUACUUGCUGCCACAACACACUCCAAUGAACUUGAUGAUUCCGUGCAAAUAAUAGAAACUCCUAUAGAAGUAUUAGAUUUAACAUCACCACAGCCCUCAACUUCCUCCACUACGAACUGCUCCAGCGGUGCGGGCGCUGUAGGAGCAGCUGCAUGUGCAGUGAAAAGAAAUUUAGAAGAAACCUUGAAAAAAGAAGCCAAUAAUACGGAUUUGACUUGCACUUUAGAUCAGCAACCCUCAACCUCUAAUACAGCUGCUAACACAGCCAGCAGCAGCAGUAGCAACACUACGAAUCUCUUGGAAUGUCCUAUUUGUUUACAAACCUGCAUACAUCCCGCUCGUUUGCCUUGUGGUCAUAUAUUUUGUUUCCUUUGCGUUAAAGGUGUAGCUUAUAAAAAUCGUCGUUGUGCCAUGUGUCGACGUGAAAUACCUCCGGAAUUUCUAGAUCAUCCACAAUUAGUAAAUGGCAUUGAAGAUAUUUGCACAACAAAGGCAACAGAUGAUGGUUAUCAAUGGUUUUAUGAAGGACGUAAUGGUUGGUGGCAAUAUGAUGAUCGUACUAGCCAAGAUCUAGAGGAAGCUUUUAAAAAAGGUGAACGUUCUUGUACUAUUCUAGUAGCUGGUUAUGUUUAUAUUGUUGAUUUUGAUGCCAUGAUACAACAGCGACAAAAUGAACCGGCACGUUGUCGUCGUGUUAAACGUGAUUUAGCAACAAUACCCAAAAAAGGUGUAGCUGGUCUACGCAUUGAGGGUAAUACGGUAACAACAGAUUCCAAUUUUGCUGCUCAAGUCUAUCAAAGUCGACAGAAUAGAUAUCGUAGUGGUGAAUUGCUACAUGAAGCGGAUAUUGAUAGCCCUGACAAUCCCAUAUUACGUACACAUGGUACCAAUGAUCCAGCUUCACCCAAUACUCAAAGACGUUUACGUUUACCCUAUGGCGGUUUGGGAGGUUAUGUCAUUGAACUGGGUAAUCCCAGUGAGUUUGUAUCGACAGCAGCGGCCACAGAUGCUGCUCUACGUAUAGCCAGUGAUAUAAUUGGAUCAACACUAGCCCAUGCCGAUGAACUGACACGUUCGAACAGUAAUAAUACACCCUCCACAUCAGCCAAUGCCUAUCAAAAUCAUCUUCAUCAUCAUCAACAACAUCAACAUACACUAAAUCAGUCAGAAGAAACAUCUUUAAAUUCAUCAAAUAGUGAGGCUAACUUAAAUGAUUUAACGCAUCUUAAUACAUAUUCAAAUACAACACCAGUGACGUUAAAUUCCAAUACAACUGUUAAUGGUUUAGGUUUAUUAUCAAACAAUAGUACUAAUGGCAGUGGGGUAAAUAUAUCACGUGAAAGAGGUAGCCGUGAAUUACUAGGUGCUGCUGAAGAUUUACUAGGAGCUACGCAACGUGUUAUAGCUACUGCUGAUCAGCCCACUAUAGAUUUAUUUGAACAGACAUUAAAUGAUUUUCAUGCUUUAACUUUACGCAAUAUACAUGAUUCUAGUGAUGAUGAUAAUGAUGCUGAACAGCAGCAGCAGCGGCAACAAACACAUUCUACUCCUAAUGGCCAAAGGUCUUCUUCUCAUUCAUAUAAUCCAGAUAAUCCCUAAAUAUAAAUGCAAUUCGUACUUAAAAACGAACUAAAACAAAUAAGCCCCUCUACUCCCUCCCUUUUCCAUCUCAAUCCCCCCCUAUAAGUAAUAUUUAACUAUAACUACAAUAACAUUUAAAAAAAAUUAAAAAAAGUAUAAAACAUCAAAAGUAUUCCUUAACACAUGAUAAAUAAAAUAAAACAAUAAUUAUAGAAAAUGUAUUUAAAAAAAAUAAUAAUAUUUUUGUGCAAAAUAAACAAAAACUUAGAGACAACAUUAAAAUAAUAAUAAAAGACCAGAGGUUCCUUGCUAAAAAAAGAAAAAUACAGAAAAACAUGAAAACAAAGAAAUUACAUCAAAACUAUAUACAUACUACCGCGAGUUUAGAAAUUACAUGUUACAAUAGAUUACAUUAUAAAAAAAAUAUAUAUUUAAAAAAUACUUACAGUAUAAAAAGAAAACACUUUUUAAAAUUGUUAA